UUGAUGCCAAGACCGGUGGAGGAUUGCUGACUGAAGGCCGCUUGGUCAUGAGGCAUGCGACUAUCCAUCACCUGCCCGUCUUAUAUCUCCUCAACUAGCCUCCGGCCAUGGGCGUCCAGUGACACAUCUACCUCUUCAAUAAUCGAUCCGAGCGCCCCUUUCGAAGUCGUUUGUUGCAUCAAGCGAAACGCUACGAGUUCAUAGCUAAGAAAAAUUCAAAAUGUCGGGCCAAGACAUCUUGCCUGACGUAGAGAAGCGCCAAUCGUAUUACAUCCAACGACGUGUCCUAUUCGCUACCGCUUUAAUCUUGGUCGGUUAUCUGGCGACCACGCGCUUCAUCGAAGCUUCGAUCAGAUUAGUAGGCGGAAGAUCGCCGAAUGGAUGGGACCAGCAAGCCUCAUCAUUGUCUCGUCCUCAAUCCGCGCAUCUGAUCAAAAUUGUCGACCAACGCCGCUCGAACUACCAACCGGGGAGCGCUCUGCUAGGAGUCACAGCAAUCAUAACUGUCACGUUGCGGAAACAGCAGCAGGAAAAGACUGGCGGUGUCCAGCUAUUGCUACGAUUUUUGACGAAAUACCCUUUUGUUAAGGAAAUCAUCAUCUGGAAUGAUGACGCGAUGAGUAAUGGCUAUAACUUGAAUGGCGAGGAUUUGUUGGCGAGGCUCAAUUCUACCGAUGACAGAGCUCCCUUGCCGAUUCUCCGGGUAAUCAACUCACCAGGACGCAUGGGCGAGAUUAGCGGACAUAUGGCUUGUUCUUUGGCAAAAUUCAACACCUGUUACCAUACUGACGAAAACAUAGUCAAUCUCAAUUUGGAUACAUUAUACACUAAAUAUCUGGAAUCAGACAGCGAAUCCGAAGCAUCGAUAGUUGACCACGCAUCACCGGAAGAAUACAUGGCGGAGUCAGCGUACAAUGUUUGGCAACCUGAUUACUCUUUAAACACUGGUGUAGUCAGCGAAUUAUCACGAGGGUCUUUGGCGGCCAAACGUCUUUCGACCAGGUACUUUCAACAGUUAACGACUGCGCUUCGGACAUCUGAGGAAAGCGAUCUUUGGCUCCGCAUCCCACGCUCAGUCUCAAAUGAUAUUCAAUUCUCAAUCUGGUCGAACCGCCGUCCGCUGAAAUUGAUCACACCUGUACAAUCCUCGCUCAUAGCUGAUUCCCCUGCAAAGAUCAAUUUUCUGGAUCCCCAGUUCAUCGAUCAUGCCUAUGAACGAUUGAAUAAAACUAUCCAGAGUUCCGAUCCCUUUCUGGUACCCAGCAUGUUCCCUCGGGCCUUAUCUUCCCAUCAUUCGAAACCAGAAUCUGAGAUCGGUGUGGCCUCCGCAUAUGAUGAUCGAUCAAUGCUAAUCACGAACCUGAACUUUUCGCGUCAAUGGCCACUCGCUAUCGAUGGCGAACUCUCUACCUGUUGGAAAGAUUUACCAGCUCUAGAACAUGGGAGCUUUGUUGGUUUGAACUUCGUGCGAAACGUUCAAGUAAACCAAUUAACCUUCUUUGGGAAGAUUGAGCCAGAGAACUGGAAACUUGAAUCAUUAUCAGCCAACGACCAAAAAUGGAAUACAGAACCAGUGAUCCCUAGAAUAAUUACCCAUCAGGAACCACCUCUGACCAAAUUUGUGUAUGAUUUGUCGGCAUCAUCAACACUUGUAAAAAAGUUCCGGUUGAUUAUCCCGCAAGGAAAGAGCAGUCCAAACGGGAUCACCGUGUGUGGAUGGAUGAUUAAUGAAGACUGGGUUGUAUGAACGCAUUCUUUUUCUCUUUUCUUUAGACUCUUCUUGGUCACAUCUCUGACAUCGUGGCUAGAAUCAACUAAAAAAAAAAAUAGGUCAAGUAAUAUAUGUACUGUCAGUUUGUUCAUUUUUGGUUUCGGUAGAGCUGUUGAUAUCUUUCUUUUCUUUCAUGAAAUGCAUAACCAUCGUGUGUAUCGUUAUA